AAAAUUAGUACAAAUAAUGGUUUUCACAUAUUAAUGCUCAAAUUUACGAUUUUUAAGUGAUAGUCGAAAAUCGUGGUUCAAACUGUCGUAUAUAAAUUCGGCAUGAUCUUAAGCUAAUUAACCCAAAAAUGUUUAAGUUGAUAGCCCUUCACAAAAAAAGUAGCUAGGAAGUUAAAUAAGUUAAAAUCAACUUUGAGUUACAACGCUGUUACUAAAAGGACUAUAGAAACAAACGACUCACGGCAUUGAUUUCUACAUUGAAAAGUGCCUAAAUAAUGCUAAAGCCAUUUUGUUCUAGCUUCAAAAAUACAGGAGUUACAGCAAAUAGAAGGAAUCCGCCAUUUUUCAGUUUUUUUCUAUAGUGAAAAAAACAAAAGACGGCAGCUUAUUUCUGGCAAUGGUAAUGGAAUAAGCAUGAAAAAGGAGGUCCCUGUAGUGUCCCAGCUUUAGAUAGACAAAGAGUGUGGACUCAGCUUUAGAACGGGAACGGUAAUGGCCGACAAUAAAGAGUGACUGUCUUUUUAUUUUAGAUUCCACACGAUUGCUUGAAUUAACAGGAUGUAACAAACAUCACAUUUUGGCGACGAGAAUUAAUAACAUUUGUAUACGUUUUUCCUGUGUGAGAUGAGAAUCCAUAAUGGAGUUCCUAACAGCACCAGUCCCAAUUUUUAACAUGCAAGAUGAUGCAAGCAGCAUGGGCAGCCGGUGGGAAAAAUGGUUGAACAGAUUCGAGAACUAUUUGUUAGCAGCCGGGAUCGAUAAUGAGGAAAGGCAGAAGGCAAUGUUGUUGCAUUACGCAGUAAACAGAGAAUUCGAAAUAUUUAAUUUUCGGCAAUGUAAACAAGAGGAAAACGAGGUUAUUGAUACAUUCUACACAAGAUUGUUAAAAUUAUCAAAAACCUGUAGUUUCACCAACACCAACGAAGAAAUAAAAUCACAAAUAAUCAUGAAGACGAAGUACACUCAACUUAGAAAAUAUGGUCUAACCGAACAACCAAGUCUAGACGAUUUGUUAGCGAGAGGUCGAACAAUCGAAGCAACAAGAAAACAAUUAGCAGCCAUCGAAGAUGAACACAAACAAAUAGAAAAAUGCAAUCGCAUGCACCAAAAUAAAAACAGAAGCAACACGAGUCAGAAAAACAGAAAUCCGGAUCAAAACAGAGAUCAUCAGAUACAAUCAAAAUGUAAGAACUGUGGAGGAACCUGGCACACAAACGGAAGACAAAGUUGCCCAGCAUACCAGCUUAAUUGUAGGUCUUGUGGGAAAAUAGGGCAUUUCGCAAAAGUUUGCAUGUCAAAAGGAAACCAAAGACCACAACACAACACGAGAAACUCAAGAACACACACUCAAAGAGCAAGAGUGAAUUUCAAUGAAACCCAAAACCAAGAAGAGUUCAACAGUGACCACUCAGAGACAUCAUUCCAGAUCACAACAAUACAAAAGGUAAAUAAAGUCAAUCUUCCGACAACGCAAGUAAAGCUAAAUGGUACAUCGGUUGAUUUCAUCAUUGACACGGGAUCUUCUAUCAACUUAAUCAAUGCCGAAACUUACAAAAACUUAGGCAUACACAAAUUGUUACCAGAUAAUACAACCAUCCUGCCAUACAACACAAUGAAGCGACUUGAACUUGUAGGAAAAUUCAAGGGUAAAUUCGUACACAACAAAAGCGAAACAGAAGCAGAUGUAUAUGUAGUUCAAGGAGAUGGAGAAGCAUUACUCAGUUAUGAGACAUCUGUGAAGCUGAACCUCAUACACGUUUCACUUAAUAACAAAACAAUCUCGGAAAUCAGUUUGAGCGAAUACCCAAACCUAACCAAAGGUAUAGGAAACCUUAAACAUGUAAAAGUGAUGCUACACAUCGAUGAAACUAUAACACCCGUAGCUCACAAACACAGGAGGAUUCCCAUACAUUUAAGGAAAGCCGUCGAAGCAGAGCUUAAACGUCUGGAACAACAAGAUAUAAUUGAAAAGGCAACAGGUCCCACACCAUGGGUAUCUCCGAUCGUAAUAAUACCCAGGACUAGCAACCCAAACCAAAUCAGGCUGUGCGUAGACAUGCGUGAAGCAAACAAGGCGAUCAAACGAGAACGACAUCCAACACCAACUAUAGAUGACAUACUAUCGGAGCUAAACGGAGCAACAACAUUUUCCAAGAUUGACCUAAAAGAUGGGUAUCACCAACUAACACUUCACGAAAAUUCAAGAUACAUCACAGUCUUCUCAACACAUGCAGGACUGUACCGAUAUAAACGUUUAAGCUUCGGAAUCAACUCUGCAGCUGAAAUCUUCCAAAAUAUAAUACGUCAGACCCUUAUCAACAUUCAAGGAGUUAUAAAUGUCAGUGACGACAUAUUGAUAUAUGGAAAAUCAAAGGAAAAACAUGAUCAAGCAUUACGAAUAGUACUAGAACGUCUAAAUGCGAACAAUUUAACUAUUAAUUUGCGGAAAUGUGUUCUGAACAAGGACAAAAUAAAAUUCUUUGGUUACGUAUUUUCGAAAGAUGGCGUACAUCCAGACCCUGAAAAGAUAAAAUCCGUUGUAAACUUAGAAACCCCUACGAAUGUACACGAAGUUCGUAGUUUAUUAGGAAUUCUAAAUUACGUAGGAAAAUUUCUACCUAAUUUGGCAACAAACACACAAGUGCUAAGAGAAUUAACAAAUAAGAGAAAAAAGUGGGAGUGGAGCGAUGCACAUGAAAAAGCCUUCAAAUUUUUAAAGAAGCAACUAAGUAAUGCACAAAAAUUAGCCUAUUUUGAUGUUAACAAAAAUACUCACCUUUAUGUAGAUGCAGGACCAAUAGGACUUGGAGCGAUAUUAUCGCAAGAAGCAAACAACAAAACUGAAAUAAUAGCUUAUGCAAGUCGGACGUUAACACAAGUAGAACAGCGCUAUAGUCAGAUAGAGAAGGAAACUCUAGCAGCAACAUGGGCAAUACAGCAUUUUCACAUCUAUCUAUAUGGAACAACAUUUACUCUACACACUGACCAUAAACCCCUUCUCAGCAUUCUAAGUAAUCCACAAUCAUCUCCAAGCGCAAGAAUUGAACGUUUGUGCCUAAGGACGCAGCCCUAUCAAUUCAAAAUAGUACACCAACCUGGAGUAUCAAACCCAUCAGAUUAUUUAUCGAGACAUCCUACCACAGACGAAGGGAUAAACAAAAAUGACAAAAUAGAAGAAUAUGUCUACUUCAUUGCACAAAACAGUAUGCCGAAAACAAUGACUGUCGAAGAAGUUAGGCAAAAAACCCAAGAAGAUGCACUUUUGAACAAAUUAAAAGAAGCGCUACAGAAUAACGACUACAAACUAUGGGAAAACCCACAACUAAAACCGUACAAAUCUAUAAAAGAAGAAUUAACAAUUUACCAAGGAGUAGUACUAAGAAAAAAUCGAAUCUUAAUUCCAACAUCCAUGCAAGAAAGAGUUAUACAACUGGCACAUAAAGGACAUCUAGGAAUUGUAAAAACAAAACAGUUGUUACGCACUAAAGUAUGGUUUGCCAACAUGAACGAAAUGGUUGACAAAUAUGUCAAAAGCUGCCAUGCUUGCCAAGCGGUAACACCUUUCAAACAAAGAAAUCCACUUGAGACAACUGAAAUGGCUAGUCACGCAUUUGGAAGCGUUGAUGUUGACUACGCAGGACCAUUUCCAAAUGGUAAAUAUGCUUUCUUACUAAUAGAUGAAUAUAGUCGAUUCCCAAUUGUUGAAAUAAUUCCAUCAACAAAUUUCAAACAUUUGAAAGCAAUUUUGGACAAAACUUUCGCCAUAUUUGGAAUCCGGCAGAAACUCAAAUCAGAUAAUGGACCCCCAUUCAACGGGAAAGAGUUGAAAAGUUACUUAAGUUCAAUGCACAUAAAGCAUCACCCGAUAACACCGUAUUGGCCAGAAGCAAAUGGAGUAGCCGAAAGAUUUGUCAAAACACUCAAAAAGUCUCUCCUAUGCGCAUUCUUGGAAACACAUGACAUGGAAGCUCAAUUGCAAGAAUUUUUGAUCAACUACAGAAGCUCACCACAUCAAACAACAGAGAAAUCACCAUACGAACUCAUUUUCAACAGAGAAGUCAAUACAUUCUUACCAUCUAUAAUACAAACCGGAAACUCAAACUACAAUCCGUCAAUUGAACAUACAAAGAGGGAAACACGAAACAAUAAAGCAAACAUAAAACGUAGAACAAAGCCACACACUUUUACAUUAGGAGAUAAAGUUCUAUGUAAACAAAUUAAACACAACUCACUAACACCGUAUUAUGACCCCUAUCCAUGGAAAAUAACCAGAAUCACAGGUGCUCAAAUCGAGGGAGAAAGAGAAGGAAGGAAGAUAAUCAGAAAUUCAUCUUUCUUUAAAUCAUUCAUACCAAGAACAAAUCCUUCAAACCCUAAUAGUCCUUCUUUAAUCACUUCACCCAAUCCCAAUGAAUCAGACACUCUCACAAACACAAGCCUAACAAAAACUACAAAAAUAUAUGAGACGCCACCAAAUGGAACCAUCCAGGAGCAAGAGACCAGUGAAAAUUCAAUGUCAACCGGAACAAUGAGAACCAGACCAUCCAUAGCCCCAAGUAAUCGGACUCCAACACCAAUCGUGACACCAUCGACAUCAGGUCAUGAAGCCCAAGACAUUCGACACCCCGAAGCAAGCCCACCAUCGUUUUCUAACAGACCCAAGCGGCAAACAAAGACUCCCGGACACUUUAAAGACUAUGUAGUGACUAAAUAUUAAUCGAACACUCUUAUGUCCUUAGUUCAGUAACAUGUUAAUUAGUUAUAACAUUUUAAGUUGUAUUUUGAAUGUUUUAAUGUUAUCACAUAAUUAGAACUUGGGAGGAAUGUAGUGUCCCAGCUUUAGAUAGACAAAGAGUGUGGACUCAGCUUUAGAACGGGAACGGUAAUGGCCGACAAUAAAGAGUGACUGUCUUUUUAUUUUAGAUUCCACACGAUUGCUUGAAUUAACAGGAUGUAA